AUGCGCAUGUUGGCGAUGAAUCCGCUAAUGCACGAAACCGAGCGUCGUCGUGCUAAUCAUGUGUCACGUGUAGUGCACAGCCCCUCGGUCAGUAGCGAUACAGACAAGGAAGGCGAUGCUCUUGACGACGAUGUGGACGAAUUGGACCCUGUUGACGGGUUUCCUAGCCCACCUGCACGUGUGAGGCCACGUCGGCGCUUUGUCAAACCAGGAGUUACCACAUAUGAACUUUCAUUCUCCCGUCGUCCUGCGCGCAGAGUUUCAGCUUCUAAAGACGAAAUAAGUGACGACAAGGAGGCAGACGAGUACCAUCCGGCCCUACCUGGUGCUUAUCGUCCUACACCUGUCGUGUCGUCGCUGUCAAGUGUAUUGACCGAAGUCAUGACUGGCAAGACACAGGCGCUGAAUAACAUUAUAGACACGACGCCUCCUCAGCCUAAUGUGACAUACGUGGUAGAGCACGCACAUGACGGGACGCCGUACGUCGCGGCGUCAGAUGGCAAUAGAUAUUUUGAGAACUCGACCAUUGGUCAGAUUUUUUUAAAUCCUGUUUCCAGUCAAUCAGAACCUAAAGCUGAGGAAUCGAAUCUGAAUUUCAUACAGUCUGGCGGAUGGAAUCAUCAGCAACAAUCGACAAGGAGACCAGAUUUGGUAGAUGGAGUGAUAACAACAGGUGACGGAUCAGCAGAAAGUGAUGUGGACACUAAGAAAGGAUCGAAAGCGCUGUUAAGUUUUAAAAAUUUUCACAAAAGCAAGAAAAAGACUGGAUUAGCUGACAUGGGUACUGGCCAGGAAAAGGAGAAUACAAUGCAAGACACACACAAUGGUAUUUCAGUGCCGAAUCCGGACAGGAAUCGUGCUGGAUCUUGUUGGGAACCUACGGCACAUCAGGAUACAGCACAAGAAUUUCAAGAGCAGCAACUCGCAAGUGUACAACUGCUUGAUUCGACUGGGAUGUUGUCUGCACAACAAGCGAGUUCCGACUUGCUAGUGGAAUCUGAAACAGCUAGCAAUUCUAGUAGCAGCAGUUCAAUCAAGACACUUCCUCGACUUCAGCCAAAGAAAGACCUUCCAGCGCCUCCUCUAGCGGUUAAUGCGUAUGACGAAGAUGAUAAUCCUCUCUGUCGAUCUUUUCAGAACGUACGUGAUGUGGAUUCUAUGCGUUCAAGCCUUCGUAAAGAAGAACACAAUGAUGACCAUGAACACGAUAACGAGCACGAUGACAUAGCAGUAGAUGGAGAGAUUCCUGAUGCUGAUUCUCCUGACUUUUCGGGACGAGUUCGGGUGUCAUCAGGCGCAACAAGUGUCGUAGAGUUUGUCGGUGGAUUUAAAGGUCAACUUUCUCGACGAACAGGUGCAAAUGGAUUGAUCACUCGCAAGCGAGCUGUGCGGCACGCGCGUCUGACAGCAGAGGAACAAAAAGCGGCUGAUCUGGCAAAGAAAAUUCGUGAGGCGCGUAAUCGUAUUCCACUUGAAUUUCGAGAUGAGUAUCAAUCGUCCGCAGGUCAAAAACAGCUUCAAAAGAAGAAAAAGUGGCGAGCUGUCAGUCGACACGUUCACUUCAACACGGACGUGCUCGUGCGAGAGUUUGAUGUCGAGUCGGAGGAGGAAGAUGAUGGAUACAACAGUCCCGACGAAAUUGUGGAUGCAGUUCAACUAGUAAGUAAGCGUGACGUUGUCUAUGCAGAAGACGUUGUAUCUACUUUUCCGAUGGAACAGUUGGAGCUGCCACCUAAUCAGCAUGAGACCAUCGGGCAUGAUUUUCCGUCUCCACCGUCAACAGACAAUGCAGAUGAAGCUAAUCGAUAUGCGCAGGAUCCACUAACGUUUUCUCAACUUAAAAAUGACAAGCGAAUGUCGUUUUCAGAACUCUAA